AUAUAUUUGCCCUGCAAGGAGAUCUCUUCCUCCCCAUUUUAAAAGGGUCUCGUGCAUCAUUCAAUCAACUCUCUCUACCUCUCUCUCCACCUAGCUAGCUUUGUUCAUCUUGCUCUCCCAAGUCUUCCUUCUAGUAGCUAGCUAGGUCUUCGGUCUCGGACAUGAGCGGGAGCAACUUUGGAGACAGCAUGGGGUGGAGCAGUAGUGGGAGAUCGUCUGGUCCGAGAAGGGGCAAGAGAGGCGGCGGCGGCGGCGGCGGCACGGACAAGCCCAAGCAACCGCAGCGAGGGCUCGGCGUGGCGCAGCUUGAGAAGAUUAGGUUACAGAGCGAAAUGGCGGAGUAUUUCCAUCCUCUCGGCGGCCAGGCCCCCAGCUUGAUCCACAGAACGGGCAGCCUCAGCUUGGAGGAUGCGCGGGCGUCGACGUCCUCGCUGUCGUCGUCGCCAUCUUCCUCCUUCCAUGCUGCCGCCGCCAUCUCGUCGGCGUUCCCAAUCCAUCCAAAUUUCGCGAUGCCAUACGGAGAGACAGACGUACGAUACAGUGAAUUCCAAGCUCAUCCCAUCAUAAGAUCACCGGUGAGCAGCAGUGCUGUCUAUGGCACCCCACAUUACGGGCAGCAUCCUAACAUCACAUUGCCUCUCUUUGAAUCGCAGGUAUCUUCCCGGUUGAAGGGACGACAUCAUGAUCGAAGUCAGUCAGCGGACUCAACAAGCUUGAACUCCGACGAUCCACAAGACGUGGACCUUGAGCUCAAGCUAUGAUUCUAAAAUGUCCCUAGCUCCCUUUCUCCCCUCUCCUCCCUUCGUUGUGACGCGAUAGAUUUGUUAGUCUGCUUCAUGGGCAUUUUCACUUGUGGUGCAAUAAGUUUCUGAAUUGGUGCCACUAGCGCUAGUCGUCAGAACCAGUGCAAUGCAAGAGGAUUAUAUUUGCCGCCUUUUCUGUAACGAUAUCGAUGCCUGCCACAAGCUAAGAGGUGUUUGGUUUCUAGGGACUAAUGUUUAGUCCCUACAUUUUAUUCCAUUUUAGUUCCAAAAUUGCUAAAUAUAGAAACUAAAAUUUUAUUUUAGUUUCUAUAUUUAACAAUUUAUAUACUAAAAAGGAAUAAAAUUAAGGGACUAAACAUUAGUCCCUACAAACCAAACACCCCCUAAGAGAGAAAUAGUAACGCGCUUUUUUAAUCAAGACAUGCAUCAUGACGAUGUUGUGUUGCCUGGGAUCUGGUGAUCAUAUCUAUAGCAGCUAGCUAUAUAUC